AUGUAUCAUCAUACUCCCGAAUCACUAUUACCUCGGACAGACUCGAAAAACCCCAAUUCAACAUGUCGAGGUCUAUCAUCAAAUGGAAAACCAUGUCGAAGAGGUCUGACUAAAUCACCACGGAAUUCACCUAGUCCGAGUCCUUCAAGAGGAGCGCUGAGUCCAGACGCAUUUUGUUGGCAACAUAAAGAUCAAGCUGGUCAAACUGCCCCGCCUACUCGGCCUCGACCAAAUCCCCUGCGUGAGAGAUCAAGCGUAGACACAUUGGUGGAGAGAUUGGGUCUCCUAGAGGUCGACCAAAAGAAAACUAAGGGAAAACAGCGCCAGACUUCAGAAGAUAAUCGUGGCAGACGACCUGGGACGAGCAAUACUUCGAGGACUGAGCAGCAACGCCUUGAAGCUCAACGGCAGCAACAGGAACAAGAAUGGCAGCAGGCACAAGCACAUCAACCGCAAGAACAUCUUGAAGUUCCACAUUCUACAAAUGAUGGCCAGGGACGACGCAAAAGAAGCACUCUAGAAUUAUUAUGUUGCGGCGCAGAAGACGAGGAAAUUCCACCAAGACCCCAACAAAAACCACACGAAGGACGUUCUUCAUCUCAUGUACCAAGCUCUCGUAUAUCAGAUCAUCUUGAUGUGACAUCUCAUACAACUCGUCCUUCUUCAAGACCUUCUUCAAGACCGCACACAUCGUCAUCGAGACCUUCAACUUCCAGGCCACCUGAAAUGCUUCAGCGUCCUACUAUUGAACGUGAUCCAUCCACGAGAACCGGGGAGUUUCUAGCUCAUAUUCCUUCAUCAGCAAGCCCUCAGACAACAGCUGCAUUAUUAGCGGAAUUAGCUAAACCAAUCUCUGAUGCUGAUCUUCCUGGAUUUAUUUAUAUGUUCUGGUUAACCGAUGAAGGGUUACCCACGGGGCCUUCCGAUGAAGCAGCUGGAUCUCUUCUGACACCUACAACCAGAGCUGGACCCGGUCAUCGACGAACUUCUGAUGUUCUUGAAUCCUUUACUUCUGCUCCACCGAACAAAAAGGAGAAAACAAUGCUUCUCAAAAUUGGAAGAGCCGAAAAUGUUUUCGCCAGGAUGCAACAGUGGAAGAAACAAUGUGGUUAUAAUCUUUCAUUGAUUCGAUACUAUCCUUAUCACGAUUCGUCCAAACCACCAUCGAGAAAAGUUAGCGAGAAUGAGGGACCUCAAAAGGUGCCAAAUGUGCACAAGGUCGAAAGAUUAAUUCACAUCGAAUUAAUGGCUAGAAGAGUAAAUUGCGGAAAAUGUAAAGCAUGCGGGAAAGAACAUAGAGAAUGGUUUGAAAUUGACGCCAACAGGGAUGGGGUUACGAUGGUAGAUGAGGUUAUUAAACGAUGGGUAGACUGGGCUGAGAAGGACGAGGCGUCUAGACAUUAG